AUGCAAGUCUGGUCUGUCCUGGGCGUCGCAGGCCUGGCUCUGGCCCAGAGCUGUGCUGCUGCCUUCCCCUCCUCUUCUUCAGUCACCUCUCAGGCAGUCAUCCCUACCGCGGCUGCCGCAUCCCCGACCAGUACGCAGGAUGCUACGACUGCUACAACAUCUUCCACCGCUGUGAUUGUUGCCACCGACGCCUCUGGCCAGUUCACCGCCAUUGGAGAAGCUAUUUCCUAUGCUCAGUCGAAGGGCAUCCCUACUGUGACCAUCAAGGCCGGCACCUACACUCAAGCCGUGACCGUCUCGGCCACUGCCACCGUCGCUGUUAUCGGCGAAGCAUCCAGCCAACAAGAUUAUAGCGAAAACCAGGUCACCAUCUCGGCCACUAGUCCUCUGACCAUCUCUUCCAACGUCCUCGGUAUUACCUUCCGCAAUAUCAACUUCGUCAACACGGCUACGGGCAGCUAUGCAGCGGCUACUAUUCGCGGCUCCAAAAAUGCAUUCUACGGCUGUCAAUUCGUCUCGGCUGGGAGUCUUGGUAUCAAUGCCAACCUGGGUCUUGCCAUCAUUGCCGACAGUUACAUCGAAGCCCUGGACAAGAUCAUCUAUGGGUACCCCGGCUUGUAUGUGUACAAUACUACGAUCGUACCCGUCGACAAUAGCGCCUUGAUCGUCUAUAACAGAGGCACUACAUAUAACUCGGUCCUCUACAACUCCACCGUUGUCUUCGAUUCCUGCUCGGUCCAGCAGAAGUCUGGCACCAGCACAAAGAACGUCUACCUUGGUGCCGCCAACAAUGGGUACGGCUCUGUGGUGGUCUAUCGGGACUCGACUCUAGGCAGCUUGAUCACAGCCACGGGUGCCUACACUGACAGCUACUCUACGGACUCUCGGAACUUCUACGGGGAAUUCGGAAACACCGGCACGGGUUCCUAUGCCAACAACGAAGCCAAGCGGUCAGCAUAUGUUCACCUGCUGAGUGCAACUGACCUCACUCGGUUCUCUCCGGCCGAAGUCUUUGCUAGUGCCUAUUAUCAAUUCGCCGCGACGAACAUCGAUUGGGUCGAUGCUGACGUUUUGGCCGCCAUUGAGAGUGCUGAUGUCAUCCAGCAAUCAACAUCAACAUCCAUUACUGUUACUACGGCCGCUGCUUCUGUCACUGCUACAGCCAGCUCGUCAGUCGUAGCCUCGGCCACGAGUGCGGUACCCACGAGCACCUCGACGUUUGUGGUCUCGCAGAAUGCUACCACUGGACAGUAUCGCAAUGUCACCGCAGCUAUCGCUGCUUUACCCAGUGACGGCAAGGCUUAUACCAUCUACAUCCUUGCAGGUACCUACACUGAGCAAAUCUCUAUCACGCGCUCUGGAAAGGUCACUCUGCGCGGCGAAACUUCGUUCGCAAAUGACUACACCCAGAAUCUGGUCACCAUUGAGUUCUCGAACGGAGAGCUCACCAGUGCCGGCAAAGAUGAGAGCACACCCGUCAUCAACGCGAAGAAGACCGACGGCACCGGCUUGGCCCUAUACAACAUCAACUUCCAGAACACCUAUCCUCAGACCAGCAAUACGGCUGCGCUGGCCGCUGAUUUCUACGGCACUAACAUGGCGGCGUAUGGCUGUUCCUUCAUCGGCUUCCAAGACACCUUGCUCGCGAACAAGGGCACGCAGGUCUUCUCCAACUGUUACAUCGAAGGGUCUAUUGAUUACAUUUGGGGCUAUUCGACCGCCUACUUCCACCAAUGCUACAUCGCUACAAAUACCCCCGGGGCGUGCAUUGCGGCGCAAAGUCGUUCUUCAUCAACCGCGUCUGGCGGUUACGUCUUCGAUACCUGCUAUGUCACCUACACCAGCACCUAUGGGUCGGCUUACGGCGAGUCAUAUCUCGGUCGGCCAUACUCGGAGUACAGCAUUGCUGUCUACAUGAAUUCAUACUUGGAUAAGCACAUCAACGCCGCUGGCUGGGAACAGUGGUCGACAAGUUCUCCCAACACCGCGUAUGUGACUUUCGGAGAAUACAACAACUCCGGUCCCGGAGCCUGGUCCACGAGCCGUGUCUCUUUCGCUACCAACCUGACCGCCACCCAGGCAGCCUCGUAUAGCCUGUCGUCAUGGGUCGGCGAUACUACUUGGCUGGACAUGACUGCCUAUAACUAUGUGCCUUCAUACAGUCUGACGGGACCAUCAGCCACGACCAGCACCAACACGUCGACGACAUCGACUGCUACUGCCACCUGGGCGCAUCCGACUAGUGGCACUGUGCCUCCCGCAGGCGCAGUGCUCGUCUCCCCUGACGGUGCUGUCAACGGCUCGUACAGCAGUCUGACCGAUGCGCUGGCUUCUCUGCCUGACGAUUCCUCUACUCAGAUCAUCUUCAUGUACGCCGGCUCGUACAACGAGCAAGUGCCGUCAGUGGACCGUGAUGGGCCAGUUAUGAUCAUCGGCUAUCAGUCUGGCAGUCCCGGUGCUACAUACACAAACAACCAAGUCACCAUUACCUACUCGCGGGGCUUGUCUGUCAGCCCGUUGCCGACGGGGCACUCGGAUGCUGAGACGGCUACUUUCGCCACCGCCAGCAACCAGAUUGCCUUGUAUAAUAUCAACAUCAUAAACACCGCCAAUCUGGAUGGCUCCCUGUCGUCAUACGUGACUCUUGCUGGUUCGAUCUAUGGCUCUGAAAUUGGCUUCUACGGCUGCAGCCUUGUUGGCUGGCAAGACACCUUGCUGACGGGCAGCACCACUGGCUACCAGUACUAUGAAUCAUCCUACAUCGAGGGUGCCAUCGACUUUAUCUGGGGUUACUCCAAGGCCUACUUCAAGGGCUGCACUAUCGGUGCCAAGCGUCAGAAGUCUGCCAUUACUGCCCAGAGCCGUGCCUCAUCUACCGCCGUUGGUGGCUAUAUCUUUGACCAGUGUCUUUUCGAUGCCGCCAGCGAUGCGACAGUCGAUUUGACCGAGCUUGUCUACCUGGGUCGGCCUUACUCGAAAUAUGCGCUUGUGGUUGUGAAGAAUUCUUAUCUCACGGACAUCAUCAACCCUUCUGGCUGGAAGGUCUGGAGCACGACUGAUCCUCGCACCGAUUAUGUCACGUUCGCUGAGUAUAACAACUCUGGCCCCGGCAAUUGGGAGAAUAAUGCUGCGUCGCGUGAGGCCUUCGAGUACUGUACGUUGUUGACCUCGGACACUUACACGUUGGCCGAGGUCAUGGGGUCGACUGACUGGAUCGAUAUGACUUACUGGGAUUCCAUUGUGACGCCCGAGCCUGCAUCCACAACUACCACUACCACUGGUUCAAACUCAACCACUGUCUAUGACGGAACCACUCCUCCGGCAGGGGCUUACAUUGUCUCAAAAACGGCUAUCGCCAACGUGACGACCUAUGAUACUAUUCAAAGUGCACUUAACGCUCUGCCUACUUCCAGCAAGGUCACACCCACCGUGUUCAUCUACCCUGGCACGUACGAGGAGCAGCUGGUGGUCAACCGUUCCGGUACUACGAUCUUCAUGGGAUAUUCGGACAACCAUCUCGAUUACUCGAGCAACCAGGUAACGAUCCAGUACAACCACGGUGUGGACACGCAGGCCGACGAAUCCAACUCGGACAGCGCCACAGUAUAUGCUACGGGCAACUACUUCCAGGCAGUCAACAUCAAUUUUGUGAACAACUACGGGACCACCAAGAACUACGCCUCCCUCGGGUUUGCCUUAAAGUCGAGCAAGUACGCCUCGCUAUAUGGGUGUCAGGUGACGGGCAAUCAGGAUGCGCUGUUGAUCAACGGCUACUUCUUCGCCAGCAACAGCUAUAUUGAGGGUAAUAUCGAUAUGAUUUGGGGUUCUGGAUCUGGUUACUUCCUCAACUCGACCAUCUCUCCCAACGAAGAUGGCAUCAACUUGACGGCCGACAAACGCACUACCAGCACCACGGUUGGUGGCUUUGUCUUCGACCAGUGCACCAUUACCCCGGCCUCUGGAGCCGGCAGCAUGUCCGAGAUCUCGUUGGGUCGCCCCUGGAACAAUUACGCUCGCGUUGCUUAUGUCGAAUCGUACCUUGAUUCCUGCGUUGAGGCGGCUGGCUGGGAGCAGUGGUCCUCGAGCAGUCCGCAGACGGACGGUGUUCUGUUCGGUGAAUACCAGAACUAUGGUCCUGGAUCGUCCACCGCCGAUCGGGCGUCGUUUGCAACGGUCCUGGAUGCCAGUACGGUUUCCCAGUUUGAGCUCACGAAUUUCUUUGCCUCGACUUCCUGGAUCAACUUCACUCUGGUUGAGGGCACUCCGUUCGUGCCGGGCAACUCCACGACCCUGCCAGUUACCAGCACCGGCGUGAUCCCCAGCACUUCUGUACUGGCCACGGCGACUCCCACGGCGACUUUCACUACCCUUGUGACUGUCACUGAUAAGGAGACGGCCUUCACCACCCUUACCCCCGCUGAUUGGACUUCCACGGUCAAGGUGACGGUCACGCAGGACGUUGGCGCUACCGUGACUCUGGCUGAGUCUUUCAAGACCACCGUCGAGAAGACCACCAUCUCCAGCACCACAACCAUCGUCGAGCCGACCGUGACGAGCAUCAAAUCGACGGUGAUCACCAGUUCCGAUAUCGAGACCAUCACGGCUCCUGCUAGCACCAAGACGACCACCGUCAAAGAUACCACCACGGUCACGGCUACCGUCACCGAGGGCGAUGUCACCACCAUGGUCAAGAGCACGGUCACCGCCACCAGCACCAUCACCUCGUCUGCCAAGGCUAAGACAAUCACCGAGACCGUGGCCAGCACGACGACCAGCGUCAAGACCUCGACUCCUGGCACCGUCAAGGUCACCUCAUACACCACCGUCACCGAGGGCAGCGGCGGUACUACCACGAAGAGCACCAAGGCCACCACCACCACCGUGGACGUGACCUCCACCAAGACCACCACGAAGAGUGUCACCACUACACUCAGUUGUAUUCCCGCCGCCAACGCCAAGCGCGCUUUGAUCUUGCCCCGGGCGGCGGUGAACGCGGCCACUAUCACUCAGUACACCACCCUGACGACCUUUGUCAAGACCUCGACUGACGCGCUUGCCUCGCCCACGGUCUAUGUCACGUCCACGACGACCACGACUACCGGCAAGACCUCGACUCUCAAGGCUUCCACUAGCACCAUCACCAGUGUGUCGGCCACGACCAAGGUGGCCACAGAAACGGUCAAAGCCGUCACCGUCAUUUUGACCGAGAGCAGCACCAAGGUGGUUGCGAAGACUACUACGCUCAAGGCCAGCACGAUCACCGAAACGAUCACGUCGGCAGCCACCAAGACCUCGACUGUGUCCGUGCCGGGAGCGACAGUGACCGUCACCAGCCUGAAGACCACCACCAUCGAAUCGACCGUCACCUUGCCCCAGAGUACGAUCACCAAGACCAAGGCCACCGUGACCACGAUUAAGGAGACCGUCACCCUGGCGACUCCUACCACUACGGUGCAAAAGACAACCAUUGUCAGUCUUGAACCCUCGGUGACAAUUACGGAGCGGGCGACCAGCACUCGCACGUCUACUAUCAAUCAGACCGUCACCGAGACAGAGACUGUGACCAAGACGUCGAAGAGCGCCAAGGCUUGCCCUACUGAUUGAGGGAUCCACUCUCUUUAUCCUUUUGUUUAUUUUAGGUCUAAGAUGCUUGUAUACUAGUAAUAUAGUUUCUUUAAUAUAUGC